UAUACGGACACCAAAUCAACCAGCUUCCUCCUCCUCCUUCCUUCUUCCUCUUUCUCCUAUCUGAGCUGAAUCUUAAAUUUGAUUCUGCAGUCCACUCUCUUCCUUUUAUUCUAAAGCUUUCGUUCUUUCAAAAUUAGUAUAAGCAAUGGCUUCGUAUUACUCUGCGUUUUUCGGCAGUGAAGAGCCACACUUUCUGGAAUCAUGCUCUCUUUGCAGUAAACACCUUGGUCCUAACUCCGACAUCUUCAUGUACAGAGGAGACACGGCGUUUUGUAGCAAUGAGUGUAGAGAAGAACAGAUUGAAUCUGAUGAAGCCAAGGAGAGACGCUGGAAACUGUCUGCUAGAUCUCUCCGUAAAAAAUCUUCUGAAGCUGCAAAAGAUUCGGCCGCCGGAAAAAACGUACGGACAGGAACACUCGUGGUCGCGUAGUGGAAUUUGUAUUACAAUAAGAAAACCAAAGCAUGUAGCUUUUGUGUAUACCCUUUUUGUCUAAAAGCUAUAUAUAUAUAUAUUAAAUAUUACUCUCUUUUAAGAAAAACCUGCAAUUUUUUUUGCUCUGUUUCUAUCUAUCUUGCUCUUGAUCGCCGGGGUCUGAGAAGUUGUAAGAUCCUGUUAUGUGGAGUUUAGGGGAAGGAGAUAGAGAGAUGGCUCUGUGUUGAUCUCUGGGGGGUUUAAAUUUUGAUCGAAUGUUACAAUUAAAAACACAGAGCAUACUCUAUUUAUGUUCUAAAUUCAAUUUCU